AUGACUCGCACGUCCCUCCUUAACUUUGUGGCUAUCACUGGCCCCCUUCUCGAAGCGAAAGCCGGCCCCUGCCGGCCAACAACCACAACCAUGACAAGCCUCGCUGAGACCUCAUCGGCGGCUGCCCCCGAUUCUGCGACUACUCGGUUCGGUAUUGCUACUGUUACGGCUCUCGCGGAUGCUACCACUAUGACUAAAACGGGACUCGAUGAUAAAACUGACAAUAUCUCACCCUGGACUAUUGGUAAUCUCGACAUAACCCAACGAGAACCUCAUGCUGGAGUUAACGCUGUAUACGCUAUACAAGUUGCAUUCAGAAAGACGUGA